AUGUCAAAAAUAAUCGGAAAGAUAUCGAGAAUACCGAAGACGUUGUAUGAGCAUAAAAAGAAGGCAAUAUUCAUAUCGUUUCUCGGAUAUCUUGGAGCUGAUUGGGUUUAUAGAUGGGAUAAGAACCAAGGAAUAAGAAAACAUUAUGCCAAUAUUGCAGUGAAAUAUGGACAAAAAACUGUUUCGCCGGAAGACCGCCCGAAACGAAUUUUCGUUCUCGUCAAUGUCGAAGGAAAUUCCAGAAGUUGUUUCGACGCAUUCAAUAAAAAUGCUCUACCACUGUUCCUGUUGUCAGGAGUUCAAGUGGAUGUUGUCAAAGCGGAUAACGAAGCCCAACUUGAAGCGUUGGCUGGAGCCGUGGAUACACAAGAAGCUGAUGUUUUAUACGUUGUGGGUGGAGAUGGAACAAUAGGAAAAGUGGUGACUGGGAUUUUCAGAAAUAGAGAGAAGGCGCAACUUCCUGUCGGUUUUUAUCCUGGCGGAUAUGAUAAUCUGUGGCUGAAACGAAUGAUUCCGACUGUUUUCGAGAAAUCAGAAGACGUUCGACAUGCAUGUGAAUCUGCUAUGGCCGUCAUAGAGGAUCAGAAGCAAAGUGUAUUUGCUUUUGAAUUGACAACGGAAAACUCUGAGGUGGCACCUGAAUACGGUCUCGGAGAUGUUAGUGCUGGAUGGUUUAGACAAAUUGAGGACACUCGCAAGAAGUUUUGGUACUUCUCUGUGAUCAAAAGACGGUGGGCCUACGUUUGGGAGAUGCUGAAAAGAUCACCACGUCCAAUUGAAUGCCACGUGGAGUAUGAGGAGACGUGCUCAGGAUGUGAGAAGUGUCGACCGAAACCAGUCAUUCAGGCACCAACAUGGAGAUGGUGGCACGUGUUGACUGGGACACCGAAGUAUAAGAAUAAUGAUGCACAAAAAGACUACACUGGAAUUAUUAACGUCAAGUGUGGAGAAAAGCACGAGAUUGAUGCAAAAGGUGCUGAACUUCUGAUUGAAAACGAGCAGAUGAAUGAUUACUCGCAACUUCGUUUCCGAAUGGGCGGUAAUGACAUUGGACGGUUUGGAGUGGUAUCUGAUGGAUUGAAGCGGUGUUCGAAGAAUAUUGUCGGAAGAAGUACCGAUGAGAAGUUUUAUAACACAGACAUUCUGGCAAAUUCUAUUUCUUUUAAAAUUACAUCUCUACCGUCGUACAUUCAUCGCCUCUACAUCUCCAGUAAUCCAACACCAAAAGAUGCUGAGCUGACAGACAGAAUAAUUACAAUCCGUGGGACUCAAAAGAAACUCGAUGUAUUCUUCCCAACUAGCAUCCGUUUGGAAUUGUAA